GCUCUCAGGUGACGGGGUGGGAGCCGCUGGGUCGCACGCCGACACCCAACGCCGCGCGGGACAUGGCUCGGUGACGACCGCGCCUGCUAGGCGACGCUGUAGCGCGCACGCGGAGAACGUGGCAUUGUACCCUCGGCUUGUGCGUGAUUUCAAUCGGUUUUAGCGCGUUUUAGGUGGUUUUAGUGUUGGCAGGAAUCGGUUGGUGACGCCGCCAUGCCGCCCCCAGUGCGUCUGCACUAUGUGGUGCCUCUGGUCAUCGCGUACGUGGUGGCGCGGUCGGCGCUGGCUGACAUGAACAAGCCGGCGGUCACCGUGUCGUACGAGGUGAGCUCUGCCCGGCCGGCGCCUCACGUUGUGCCACUCGAACAUCACGCCACGCCGACGCCGUCGGCCCACAUAGACCCGGUGAACGAGAGCGACACCGGCUACCGAGACCCGCUGUUCGGUCCGCACGACCCCAACCGCCACUACCACCACGGCAAGGAGAAGCAGUACUUCCAGGUGGGCGUGGUGGACUUCGAGCGGGUGCGCACGCCGUUCGUCAUCGGCUCCUGGAUCCUGGCGGCCAGCCUCGCCAAGAUUGGGUUCCACAUGUUUCCGAAGCUGUCGCACAUGUUUCCCGAGUCGUGCCUGCUGAUCGUCAUCGGCAUCAUCGUGGGCGUCAUCCUGUACUUCGGAGGCCUGGGGGACGUCGAGGCGGCCCACCACCUGGACCCCGACACCUUCUUCCUCUUCAUGCUUCCGCCCAUCAUACUGGACGCUGGCUACUUCAUGCCCAACAGGUGA